AUGGCAGCGGCCUCCUCCUACGCCACCGCCGUCGCUCUCCUCUGCCUGCUCGCCGCCGAUGGCUGCUGCGGCUGCCCCUGGUUUCUUCCUGCUGCAUUCUGCCCUGCCCCCACCCCUUACACCCCUGCACCUGUCCCCGCUACCCCCACCCCUCGCCCCGUUACACCUACACCUGUCCCCGCUACCCCCAGCCCCGGCUCCGGCAGCACCAACGUCGAUGCCGGCGGCUGGCUGGACGCCCGGGCCACCUGGUACGGCGCUCCGGAUGGCGCCGGGCCGUUGGACAACGGUGGAGCGUGUGGGUUCAAGAACGUGAACCUGCCGCCGUUCAACGCCAUGACGUCGUGCGGCAAUGAGCCGAUCUUCAAGGACGGCAAGGGGUGCGGCUCCUGCUACCAGAUAAGGUGCGUGGGCAAGGCUCACCCGGCGUGCUCCGGCGUCCCCGAGACGGUGAUCAUCACGGACAUGAAAUACUACCCUGUCGCCCGCUACCACUUUGACCUCAGCGGCACCGCCUUCGGCGCCAUGGCCAAGGACGGCCGCAACGAAGAGCUCCGCCACGCCGGCAUCAUCGACAUGCAGUUCAAGAGGGUGCCGUGCCAGUACCCAGGGUUAUCGGUGACGUUCCACGUGGAGAAGGGGUCGAACCCGAACUACCUCGCGAUCCUGGUGGAGUAUGGGAACGGCGACGGCGACGUGGCGCAAGUGGACCUCAUGGACGGCGACGAGGCGACUGGGGCCUGGGCCCCGAUGAGGCAGUCGUGGGGCUCCAUCUGGCGCAUGGACACCCGCCGCCAGCUCCGGGGGCCCUUCUCCUUGCGGGUUACCAACGGGUCCGGCAGGUCGCUUGUCGCCGACCAGGUCAUCCCCGCCGACUGGAAGCCCGAAGCCGUGUACAGCUCCGACGUCCAGUUUGAUGGUUGA